AGAACUACACUAGGCUAGUGGGCCUGAAAAUGAAUUUUAGCGGCGGAGUGUAAAGCCCUAGAUGUGUGGACAUAAGGAAGUCAGCAAGGUUAGAACAGGUCAGGAAUAAAUAACCAGCAGGCGGAGGAUCCCGGAUUCUGUCCUGCCUUUUGUUGGAUGAGGAGCACUAGGCAAACGCGUCCACCUUGGCUUUGGAAGGAAGAGGUUGGACCGUCCGCCAGCAGCCGCAGCCCCGGUGGCUCAGGCAUGGACGGGAAGAAAUGCAGCGUGUGGAUGUUCCUGCCUCUUGUCUUUACUUUGUUUACUUCCGCAGGCCUGUGGAUAGUGUACUUUAUAGCUGUGGAAGAAGACAAAAUUCUGCCAUUAAAUUCAGCUACAAGGAAAUCUGGUGUGAAGCACGCUCCGUACAUCAGUUUUGCAGGUGAUGACCCUCCCGCAAGCUGUGUGUUCAGCCAAGUGAUGAACAUGGCGGCCUUCCUAGCCCUCGUGGUAGCCGUUCUGCGCUUCAUCCAGCUGAAACCAAAGGUUUUAAACCCGUGGCUGAAUAUUAGUGGUUUGGUGGCACUGUGUCUGGCUUCCUUUGGAAUGACCUUACUUGGUAAUUUCCAGCUCACAAAUGAUGAGGAAAUCCAUAACGUGGGAACAUCCUUGACCUUUGGGUUUGGCACACUGACCUGCUGGAUACAGGCUGCAUUGACACUCAAAGUUAACAUCAAGAAUGAGGGACGGAGGGUUGGAAUUCCACGAGUUAUCCUGUCGGCUGUUAUCACUCUGUGUGUAGUCCUGUAUUUCAUCCUCAUGGCCCAAGAUAUCCACAUGUACGCAGCCAGGGUGCAGUGGGGCCUGGUCAUGUGCUUCCUGUUGUACUUCGGCACCCUGGCUGUGGAGUUCCGGCACUACCGCUAUGAGAUCGUGUGUUCCGAGUACCAGGAGAACUUCCUGAGCUUCUCAGAAAGCCUGUCCGAAGCGUCUGAGUAUCAGACCGACCAGGUGUAACCCAUCAGUCAGUCUGUCCUUGGGGGCUUGGUGAGUGUGAGUACAGGGGAGGGGCCAGGAGGAUGCACUCACAGGACUGGACACACCACCUCAUGACACUAAUCACACACACGGACACACAUUCACGGCCACAUCUGACAAAGAGCUUUUUCAGGGCGGGCUAUUUCUUUCCAUGAACAAGCACAAGGCCUCAUGUGUGGAAAUACACGCCUUCACACUGAAAACACGCCCAGGACAGAGCCAGAAGCUUGUGCAUGGUCACCUCCCCACCCCACCCUCCCAGGAUGCCUUGCGCUCCAUCCUCUUCACGUUGCAAAGUUGGCAUCUUCCUCCAGUUCAAUAAGGCAGGCUGAGUGUAACAUGAGAAUGAUGCCAACUCCUCAAGUUGCCUUCAGGUCCGAAGGGCUAGGAACG